AAUAGAUUUUGGAUAAAUAAUACAAAUGCCGUUUACAGAAUUUGAAUAACUUUUUUCGUUUUUGAGUUAUCUUUCGGCAAAGAUGCGAAUAAAACCUGAAUUUCAACGUUUUGUAAAAAAUGUCGAGAGCUCUAAUCCGUGGCAUGGGACUUACUUGUGACGUCAUUUAAGGAACACAAAGUGACUGCCAAAACAACUUACACUGUUUAUACAUGUAAACAAACACAAAAAUGCCAGAUCGAUGUGUAGUUUUUGGUUGUUCUAACGUAGCCAGUUCGGAGAAAGGCAUUUCACUUCAUCACAUACCAUUUUUUAACGACGAAAGAAGCGAAGCUAAGCGUAGGAGAAAGCGAUGGGUCAACUUUGUGAAAGCUACUCGCGAUAAGUGGGUCCCCACAAAGAAUUCCGCAGUUUGCUCGGAACACUUCACAAAAGAUUCGUUUUCUCGGCAAUUCGGCUCGCUUUCUGAAUCAGAAAGUAAUUUUGCACCUCGACUCAUUCGAGACGAAUUCGGAAUCGUUGCUUACCUGAGCAUUUAUCCUCGAAAAGAUGAUAAUCAACUUACAACAAGAGAUCGCAGAAUGAUGAAAAGAAAGUGGAUGUCUGAUUAUAAAAGAGAGGUUGAAUCAGAAAAUAAUCCAAGUACAAGUAGCGAACCUCAAGAGCAAAUAGAAGAAACAACUUGUUAUGAGCCUGUAUUAGAGAAGGUAAACUUAUAUGAUUGUUACGCCACUGCUGUAAAGGUUAACGUAAAUUAUUGUUUUGUAUAUGUAUUGCUGUUGUUCCUAAUUUAGGAAAUAGCUGUGCAAUGUGAAUUACAAUGCCAAAAUUGUUUAAAAUUUGAAAAA